AAGCUCAAAAUCGUGCCUUGUUGGAACUUGUGAAAUCAAUGAACACACCGCGAGUGCCAUUAACGGAAGUUAAACCGAAUUCCAUAUCAUUGCCGAAAUUCGACCCUGAUAGUGCGGCGUGGAUGCAAGUGCGUGGUGUAAUACAGUUGCAUUAAUAUUUGAUGAAAACAAUCUACAAGGCAGUGCUCUUGUCAUGGCACUCAGCAAAGCUAUGCAAGGAAGUGCUUCCCAGUGGUUGGCGCAAAUUUGUUUCAGCGGCAUGACAUGGCCGCAAUUCCAGGAAUUGUUUGUGCAACGAUUCGUUGGUAUCGAGACCCCGGCAGCGACGUUGAUGAACAUCUUUAAUGGGCGUCCAAAUCCAGGAGAGAAUUUACCCGAAUACGGAAGCCGCCUGGUGACGUCGCUCAUGUCAAAAUUCAAAUCAAUUGAAUUGGAAGAGCUCAUCGUAUCCAUCGUUUUGACGCAUCUUUCAAACUUGGAUGCUCGCCUUUUAAAGUCAAUGUUUACGGGCGCUGUUAAAACCCGCAACGAUCUGCAGCAACAAUUAAAGGCGUAUGCGUAUUUAAAACGCAACGAAUCCUUUGGAAACGAAGUCGAAAGGAAGAAAAUGAAACUACCAUUUCUAUUGAAGUGUCAUCACUGUGGGCGUCUUGGCCAUAAGAUUGCGGAUUGUCAAAAAAGGCGAACGGACGAGAGACAACGGACCACCUCAACUCCAGGACAACAACAACGCGCAGUCAACAACAGGACCUGCUUCAAAUGUGGGGAGUUCGGGCACUAUGCUUCGGAAUGCCCACGUAAUCGACAUAAUCUCAAGGAAGUCGAGAUUAACAAAAGAGUAAACUUGGUGGCCAUAGAACCAAAGGGAGUUUUGAAACAAUUUGGAAAGUGUAGCAGCGAAGUUACAAGGAAAGCGUCAGUCUAGCACAGUGGUUUUAAGGGGCAUCGGAAACGAACCGGUGUGGAGCACAGUACAGAUAAUUUGUAAUGUUAAUAUAAACGAACAUUUUCUUUAAAUAUUGUUUCACGUUAUUAUGGAUACUUUUAUGAAUUUUUAUAUUCUUAUUGGAAGAGAUAUUUUAAGUCAAGGCUUCGGAGUCGUAAUUGAAGCAAAUAAAUUUGUUAUUUAUAAGCCUAAAAUGGUACAAGCACUGUCGUAUGAAUUAAAUCUGAAAAAUCAUUUUAAUUUUAAUAAAGAUUUAAGUGAGCUCGAUAAAGAAAGAUUAAGUG